GACACCGGCGAAGUACAGACAGCAAAGCCCGCGGUAGUCCCAGAGCAGUCAAGUGGAACCAAGAGUCUGCACUCGGAGUUCCUACCGGAGCCUGAAACACGGCGAGCCAGGCCCUGCGCGCAUGCUCGCUUCAUGCUGCGGCCCGCACCGGGUACUUGAACGGCCUGCAGCGGCUUCGACCCAGGCUUGGGUACCCCGGGGCUUCAAAGGUUGUCGAACGGUGCCGGCCCCGAGUCUCGCCGUUUUCUCGUCUUCCCAGCGACUCGGGUAAGCGGUGUCUCCAGUUUGCAGCUGGGCUUGUGCUCUUCCGGCAUAAUCCCUCCUGACGCUACCAGCGAGAGGCAGAGUGACUUUGGCUGUGGUGCAUACCGACCUAGGAACCAGAUGAGCAGAGACAUCUGCGUCCAAACCUGGCCAUGCUCCUAUUAUUUAGAACUUGAAAAGCGAUGGGUCCCUGGAAGACUUUCAUUAACUUCUCUCUCACUAAAAUUUAUGACUGAUAAAACUAGAGAAAUUCUUGUCAGCUUUCCCCUUUCUAGUAUCAUUGAGAUCAAGAAAGAAGCUUCUCAUUUUAUCUUCAGUUCCAUUACCAUCCUGGAGAGGGACCGCAACAAGCACUGGUUCAGUUCCUUGCAGCCUAGUCGGAAUGCCGUUUUCAGCAUCAUCGAACAUUUCUGGAGAGAGCUGCUGUUGUCCCAGUCAGGAGCUGCUGCUGAGGCAUCCUCCUCCUCCGUGACCAAGGGGAAGGAGCUGACUUGUCUGAUGGCCUGUACCCAGAAGCGUCUGGAAGACACAGCCAGAGUCCUGCACCAUCAGGGCGAGCAACUUGACAGUAUCUCCAAAGGCCUGGACAAGAUGGAAUCUGACCUGGAUGUGGCUGACAGGUUGCUGACCGAACUGGAGUCUCCUUCUUGGUGGCCCUUUAGCUCCAAGCUUUGGAAGACACCACCGGAAACAAAGCCCAAGUGGGACACCUCAGUGGCUAAUUCCAAAGCUUUUGGAAAAGAAGGGAUAGUGAUCCAAGUUCCUGCUGUUAUUUCCCAAAGAACAGAAUCUCAUGUUAAACCAGGAAGGCUCACUGUCCUUGUUUCUGGGUUGGAAAUCUACAACUCAGAUUCUUUGCUCAUGCACAGAUUCGAAAGGGAAGAUGUAGAUGACAUCAAGGUCCACACACCUUAUGAAAUUAGCAUCCGCCAGCGGUUCAUUGGGAAGCCAGACAUAACUUAUCAUUUGAUAUCUGCCAAGAUGCCAGAGGUUAUCCCCAUUUUGGAAGUACAGUUCAGCAAGAAGAUCGAGUUAUUAGAAGUCGCCAUGAUGCUCAGAAGCACUGGAACCUCUUCCCUAGCAGAGAAGGGCUAUUCAGUCUGGCACGCAGCAUCUGGACUGAUGGACCAAGCCAUGCACUGUGAGUCCUCCUCAGCGAGCCAGGAAGGAAGGCCACUUCAGCUACAGACAAGCGAGCCAGUCAUUUCUGAGGAAGACACCCAGGAACUGGGACAGAUCCUGAGGAAGCUCAAAGGUCUUGCCUUAGACACCGAGUCAGAGCUGGAGAGACAGGAUGAGGCCUUGGAUGGAAUCACUGCGGCUGUGGACCGGGCCACCUUAACCAUCGACAAGCAUAAUCGGCGAAUGAGGAAACUGACUUAGGAGAGCAGGAAAGCACAGAGAUGACUGCUUUUGAUGAGAGUCACUUCUGAGUACGUUUUCUCGGAUCCUGCAUGCUUCCUUUGAGAUGAAGACCCUGGGAAGUCAUUUCAAGUGCCCUGUCCCGGGAGGUGCACAGCUGCUCAGGAUGAAGGGCUGCUGAGGAAGCUGCUUGGGGUGAUCGUAGCUGCCACCAAGGGAUUCCCUUGUAGGGAGCCGAAAGUGCAUGGGAGGAGUUCUGCCUGCAGAUGCGGUGAGCUGCCUACCCACACGGCCCUCUCAGGCUGCCUGGGGAGUCAGGAGCACACACACAUUCAAACACAGGCUGAGCCCUGUGAGGUGGCCACGGCAGCAAGCUGUCUCCAUUCUGAGGGUGAGCUGGACCCUGGCCUCAGGGACCACUUUGCAUGGCCUCAGUCCAGGUCUCCACUGCACAGCUAGCUGUAUUUUCAUCCUGUCUCUGUUCUUGAUAACCAUGAAAAGGAUGAUUUAUGUCUCUAUGAGAGAAACCUACUUAUUUCUAAACUUCCGCCUGUUUGAACACUGCAGGCAUAUCCUUUGUCAGGAAAAUCUCUCCUCCAGAACCACAUUCAGUCCUGAGCCUGCCUCUACUGCACGGCCUGCUCAGCACAGACCCCACUGCCUUCACGUGGUUCCGUUUUUCUCUGAUGGACAGGUCAGUCUCUUUUUGGUUACACUGUAAGUUCUAACAGAAGCUGAGAGAACAGCUGGUACACAUCGAGAUCAUCCUUAGACACCUGAGAUAUUCUUUUACUGCUCAGUUCUCAGUCAAACGUGAAAACAGCACAGAUGGCACCUGUUUUAAAUGGUGUUAGUUUUUGAUUUUCUGCCCUGUUUCUAUCCAGAGACAGAAAUGCUAGUUUUAGAAUGUUGUUUGAAGCUAUGCAUUGAUGCCUCUUUGCUUGGUUUGGGGUGUCUUAGUGCGUUCCCGGGGGCUCACACAGUAAAGAAGCCACCUGCAAUGUGGGAGACCUGGAUUCAGUCCCUGGGUUGAGAAGAUCCCCUGGAGGAGGGCAUGGCAACCCACCCCAGUGUUCUUGCCUGGAGAAUCCCCGUGGACAGAGGAGCCUGGCGGGCUGCAGUCCACGGGGUCGCACAGAGUCAGACACGGCUGAGAGACUCAGCACAGUGUGUGCCUGGGAACCCCUCAUGGGAAGAUGAGGGGAAAUUAGAGAAGCGGGUAACACCCUCCCAUGCUCACAACAGGCCACGUCCAGGCUGCUUUGAGAUAACAGCCCAAGGAGCGUUGCCCGAGAAGCUCCCUUAGGCCUUGUACCAAUGUUACUUUCAAGCCGUUGCUGCAGCCCUCUGGGGAUGCUGCCUGCAAGCCCUGUGUGGCCCUGCUGCCCCAUUCCCCGUGUGUGCUGAGUCCUGGAUGGUUUCAGGAAUGAAGUCACAGAUACAGUGUUCGUUUUCUGGGGCUGCCCUAACAAAGUACCACAAACAGGAGGCUUACAGCAGGAGGAAUGCACGUUUGGAGGCCACAAAUUCAGGACUGAGGUGUGGGCGGUCUGCGAUCCUGGUGUCUCUAGGAGAGGAUCAUUUGUGCCAUUUCAAGUCAACAGUGCCUCCAGGUGGCCCCGGGCUUGUGGCCACAUCACCAGGAUCUCUGCCUCUGCUGUCUUGUGGCCAUCUCCCCAUGCUUCUGUCUCAGAUCUCCCUGGCCUCUCUCUUAUGAGGACCCAUCCCAAUCCAAGGUCAUCUCACCUCAAGAUCUUUUUCUGUGUCUCAGAUCUCCCUGGCCUCCCUCUUAUGAGGACCCAUCCUAAUCCAGGGUCAUCUCACCUCAAGAUCUUUUUACCUUGAUGAUGUCUAUGGAGACCCCAUUUUCACAUUAGGUCUGAGACUCCCAGUGGGCAUGGAUUUUGUGACACCUAGGGAUGCCCAGCCUUGUGUCAUUCCAAAAAGACAUGGAAAGUAGCAUUUCUAGAAAGUAAUGGUCAUAAGGGUCUUUCAGUUCUUUUCUUUAUUCAGUUUGGUAAAUUAUAUUCCUAGUCUCUGUUUGUCUUAGUUGGUUUGUACUUACUAACCUCCAGAAUGAGAAGUGGGCCUGUUCUCUCAAGGUCUCUCAUACCAAGAGUUGCUCUUGACCUUUCCUGUGGAUCAAGGGAUGGAUGAGCUCAGAGCUCAUGCCCAUUCCAUGGGGUCUCAGCCCCAUGCCGCCCUUUCUUGUGCAUAAUACCAGGGAGGUCAGGGAGAACACAGCAGACGUGAAGCAAGGACACGUCCUUGUGUCAGCAAGGACAGUUAUUGAGAGUCCAUGCCUAGAGGCAGCAGCCGCUGGAUCACAUCCCCAUGGAACUUGGAGGAACACUUGAGGAAAGGCAGCCUGUGCCCUGGGUGUGGGCUUCCCAGGUGGCGCUAGUGGUAAAGAACCCGCCUGCCAGUGCAGGAGACUUAGGAGAGACGGGUUUGAUCCCUUAAUUGGGAGGAUCCCCUGGAGAAGGGCAUGGCAACCCACCCCAGUAUUCUUGCCUGGAGAAUCCCAUGGAGGGAGGAGCCUGGUGGGCCGCAGUCCAUGGGGUCUCACAGAGUUGGACACAACUGAAGCGCUUUAGCACGUGUGCCCUGGGCACAGGCGAGUGCAGGUGGGCAGGCUGCACCCAGUUACCGUAGCUUCUCAUGGCAGCCCUCAGAGAGAGUGUCCCCUGGGCUAGAGUACGUGGUUCUCACCAUGGCCACACACCGGGCUCAUGCCCGGGACUCAGAGAAGACAGACAGACAUGCACACAACACAUACUGACCCCAGGCCCGGAGUCAGAACGUCUGAGGGUGCAUGCAUCACCCAGGUGUCUCUAGUGAGCAGUGCCCUCCCGCCGUCAUGCCUGCUCUCUGCAUCCAGCUCUGGAGAGCCCUGAGCAGCUGAAAUGAGCACGAAUCUGUGCCACUCGUGAUGCUCUUCUGAAUACAGGUGGGCGCUGGUCAAAGGUCCCCAGCUCAGUCUCCAGCAGCCAGCCAGCCUCUGCUUAUCCUGAAAAUAGAUAACUCCCCUGGCAUCAGGGCCAUAGACACCUCGGCUGCUAACAGGCCUCUGGAAGGCGGGGGCCAGGACUCUGCCGGUGAUCCCCUGCCAGGAACAAGCCCUGCGCUCUGUGGGCCUCACCCUCUCUCUAUCCAUCACCAGAUACUCUGAGCAUGAAGGUGUGUGGUACAGAAGACAUUGUACUGUUAGAGGCCUAUUCUCUGAGCCCUUUCUCACCCAUGAAUAGCUAAAUUGAUGUGGAGACUUAAGAGUGUUUUAAAAAUAAUAAUAAUAAAAAGCCAUCAAAGACCA